AUGAUUGGCCCUAGUGCGGCGAUGGCAAAAUUCGAGGAAUCGGACGAAGACGCAGGUAACAACGACGGAACCAUUGUCGUAAUUAUUGGCCGGUGGAUACUGUACUGGAACGGCCAAUGGGAUUUCAAGAUAGAUCUGUCGAGAAUGGGGAGAAGUAUAAAGUUGUCUUCCAUCGGGUCAGUUGACGUGCUUCGAUCGAGAGUCGCUCUGUUGUACGGAUUUCAGGCAUCUCCCGUUUCUAUAGAGCUGUCGUAUUGGAUUGAAGAUCCUAUUGCCGAGCUGAAUGGUAAAGGGACACAACCUGUCCAAAUCGUCUGCGACAAAGACGUUAGAGUUUUGAAGGCCCUUCAUUCGGCAGAUAAGUCUGUCAACAUUUUCGUCACAGUUAGGGAAAGAGUCGGAGAGUCAUUGGUUAUUUUGGGUCCAAAGGAAGGUAUUGCAGCCGAAAUAAUGAGGAGAAGAGAUUGCCCACAGAUAAGCGAAGGAAAGAGAGUUGGCGCAGAACGUUCUGCAAAUGGAGUUGGGGUUGAAAUGGAACUGACCGUAGAUGAAAUCAUCGUUAGAGACGCAGAGGCUUUUGAGGCGGAUAUGGAAAGAAAGGCUAAGUCAAUGAGGAGAAGAGAUUGCCCACAGAUAAGCGAAGGAAAGCGAGGUGGCGAAGAAUGUUCUGCAAAUGGAGUUGGGGUUGAAAGGGAAUUGACCGUAGAGGAAAUCAUCGUUAGAGACGCAGAGGCAUUUGAGGCGGAUAUGGAAAGAAAGGCUAAGUCAAUGAGGAGAAGAGAUUGCCCACCAAUAAGCGAAGGAAAGCGAGGUGGCGAAGAAUGUUCUGCAAAUGGAGUCGGGGUUGAAAGGGAAUUGACCGUAGAGGAAAUCAUCGUUAGAGACGCAGAGGCAUUUGAGGCGGAUAUGGAAAGAAAGGCUAAGAUGACCGCAGUUGAAACCCCCGGAGUGCGUGGGAUUGAUAGCAGGAGCAAAACAGGGAAAGGCGUUCAAGUUCAAACUGCGAAAGGACCGUCAGAAGAGGUCGUAGUGGAAGGCGUGGAUGAGAAAGAGAAAGGACCGUCAGAAGAGGUCGUAGUGGAAGGCGUGGAUGAGAAAGAGAAAGAGGAGAACGAAGAGGAAGAGGUUGAAGAUACCGAGGAUGACGAGGAAGAUGAAGACGAAGAUGAUGAAGAAGAUGACUAUGGUUCUGACAAUGAAGGAGACGGAGAUACUGAUGGACCAGACGAUGACGAUGAUGAGCCGUGGCACAGCGAUGGAGUUGAGUACGAUUGGGACCGUUGGGACCAGUUUGUCAGAAAUGACGGGAAGAGAUCGGCUGACGAUGAUGAUUUUGUGGAUGAGCCACCACAUUUUUCGUCGAGGUAUCAAAGUUUACCGAGAAGCGGGAAAUCCGCACCUUCGGAAGGAGUAAUUGAAGAUUUUAAUUUUCAUAAUACCGAAGACAAGGCGCAUCAAACGCCGACUAAUGUAACACCUCCGAUAGUUAAUCCGGAUGCCAUCUAG